AUGGGCGUCAUAGUGACACUGGGUGAUGCAUACUGCUUUACUAAAAUGAACAAGCCAGGGGAGGCCAACAAAGGCUGUAUCCUGGAUGGAAAACUAUACCCCUUUGGAGAAAUUGCGAGGACAGAAAAUUGCUUCAGAUGCAGCUGCAGCAAAGAUGCAAUGCGUUGCUGCUCCCUCUUUCAUACUCCUAUUGGUUACGACAAAGAAAACUGCAAAGUUGUUUUCAACAAGAAAAGCUGUGACUAUGAGGUGGUGCAGAAGAGUGACCCCUCAAAGGAGUGUUUUGUCUACUCUCGUGUGGGCUAA